AUGAUGGGUAAAGCACGGAAACACUCCAGAGGGAAAUCAUCGGGCUUUGUUCCUGAUUACACAGAGCCUGAUGAGAUAGAGGAGGCCCCUGCACCGAAAAGGAGUCGUUAUAGUUUGAAUGGAACUAGCUAUGAUGGUCCUAAAGAGGUUUUGUCUUUGUCAAGGAUGUCGAGGCCUGAGAGGAAGAACUUAGUUCGCAAGUUGAAGAUGGAGCUUGAACAAGUCAGGGACCUUCGCAAGAAGCUUGCAUCUUUCAGUUCAGACUCUGCUCUGUUUUUGCCAGAUAGUGAUAUUCAUAGUUGCAGUGAUGGGACUAGGAGGCCGCCACAGGGGAAAAAGCGUCUUCCUGUGCGCAAUGAUAAGCAUCGGACUAAGAAAGGCCCAUCUCAGCGUUCUGAGUUUGCAAGAUCAGAUGUCCCAAGAAGCUCUGUUGCUUCACUGAUGAAGGAGUGUGAGACUUUACUCGAUCGUUUAUGGUCACAUAAGAAGGGAGGGGCAUUUCGUACUCCAGUUGAUCCAGUGUUGUUGAAUAUUCCAGACUACUUUACUGUGAUUAAGCACCCAAUGGAUCUUGGAACGAUACGAAGCAGACUGCGUAGAGAUGAAUACUCUAGUCCUUUGGACUUCGCAGCAGAUGUUCGUCUUACAUUCUCAAAUUCUAUGCUUUACAAUUCACCAGGAAAUCAGUACCAUAUAAUGGCUCGAGAUCUCAGUACAUAUUUUGAGUCAAGAUGGAAAAUUAUAGAGAAGAAGAUACCUGUGAUUGAACCACCAGUCAUGUCCUUAACGAGUUCUGCCUCUCUGGAGUCUGAAAUCCCUAAUAAAGGAGCACCGCCAAGAGAGAAAGCAGCUGCAGUGAACGAGAGCAAGCUGAGGGUUGAAUCUGCGAAGUUGAGCAUGACAGAUGGUGAGAAGAGAAAAUUAAGUCAAGAUUUGGAGGCACUGGAGGAAGAGUUCCCACAAAACAUCAUUGAUCUCCUGAGCAAGCAAAGUUGCCGUGAUGGUCAAUCUGGAGAAAUUGAAAUUGAGAUAGAUUUAGACACGCUUUCUGAUGAAAUCUUGUUCAUGGUUCGGAAACUCCUGGAUGACUAUCUAAGGGAGAAAAAGAAGUCCCAGGAAAAGAGUGAACCUUGUGAGAUGGAGAUUGUAUAUGACUCUGGAUUCAGUAAUUCCACUAUGCAGCCUAGUAAAGGUGAUGUGCAUAUGGACGAGGAUGUUGACAUAGUUGGUGGGAAUGACCCCCCUGUUUCAAGCCAUCCUCCUCUCAAGAUAGAAAAAGACGAUGCAUGUAGAAAUAAUGAAUGCAACAGUCCGAGUAGCUCCAGUAGUGAUUCAGGCUCUUCAUCUAGUGAUUCUGAAUCUUGUAGUUCCUCUGGGAGUGAAACAGAUUCCAUCAAAGCUUCAAAUCCUACUAGUGCAGAGGAUAAAAAGAAACAAGGAGUCGGUAUAAACAGAAAGGACGAUGAUGUCAAUGGUGAAAGGAUUGUUGUAAAUGAUUCUUUAAAUCAAUUGGGUCAAGGUGAGCAUGAUGUUGGGGAAACGUCGACCGCCAUGGAUGCAGUAGAUGUCCUUCCAGAUGAGGAGACUGCUCUACCUGAGAGGCAAAUCUCCCCAGGAAAAGCUUACCGCGCAGUUCUGUUGAAGAACCGUUUUGCUGAUACCAUCAUGAAAGCUCGAGAGAAAUCCCUUGCCAAGGGUGAAAAAGGAGAUCCUGAAAAGCUAAGGAUUGAAAGAGAGGAGUUUGAAAAACGGCUAAGAGAAGAAAAAGUACGGUUACAAGCCGAGGCCAAAGCAGCUGAGGAUGCUAGGAGAAAAGCCGAAGCAGAAGCUGCAGAAAAAGCGAGAAAAGCCGAAGCAGAAGCUGCAGAAAAAGCAAGGAGGGAUAGAGAGCAAGAGAGAGAAGCUGCACGACAAGCUUUACAGAAGAUGGAAAAGACCGUAGAGAUAAACGAGGGUAUGCUGUUUAUGGAAGAUCUGGAGAUGCUUAGAGCUACAAGUUUAGAAGGUGAUCAAUUACCGACUUUCAUGGAAGAGAUGAGCCCCAAAUUUAGUCAGGAUAUGUUGGGUAGUUUUAAGAUGGAGGGAAAUAGUAAUCCGUUAGAACAGCUUGGUCUUUACAUGAAAAUGGAUGAGGAUGAGGACGAUGAAGAAGAUCAGCCAUAUUUGAGCCAGGGAGAGAUAGAUGAACAACAGUCUCUUGAUAGAAAAGAAGUAGAGGGAGAUGAGAAACUUGUUACCAGAAGUGAAGAACCGGUAAGCCAAAUGGCUCAAGAUAAUGGGAACGCAGAAGAUGAAAAACCGGUAAACCAUAAUGAAGGAGAAGAACAAAUGGAGAAUGUGCCACUUAGUCCUCACGGAGAAGAGGGAGAGGACCAACUCGUUAGUGGAAAUGAAGGGAGAGAAGACCCGUUAAGUCAAAAGGCACAAGAUGAUGGUAACCACGAAGAUGAAAAACUCAUCAACCAUGAUGAAGGAAAAGAGCAAUUUGAGAAUGUGGCAGAGCAAGAAAAUGGAAUUGUGGACAAGGGAGAGCAAGAAACUGCCGUUGUCAACAUGGGAGAGGAAGAAGCUAAAGUUGUGGACAAGAGAGAGGAAGAAGCUGAAGUUGUAGUAGACAAGGGAGAGGAAAAACCUGAAGUUGUAGACAGUGUAGAGCAAGAGACUGUUGUCGACAUGGGAGAGGAGGAUACUGAAGUUGUUGACAAAGGAGAGGAAGAGACUGACAUUGUCAACAUGGGAGAGAACAUGGGAGAGCAAGGAAAUGGAGUUGUUGAGAAGGGAGAGCAAGGAGCUGAAGUUGUCGACAGGGAAGAGGAAGAAACUGGAGUUUUAGAAAAGGGAGAGGAAGAAACUGAAGUUGUCGAAAGAGAAAUUGAUUGA